UCACACACACACACACACACUCUCACACUCACACUCACACCCUUUCUUUCUCCGGUUGGUUGUUGGGUUUGGGUCUAUAAAUUUAAGCUCCGCCAACAUGAUACCUUUUUCCUCUCUUCUCCAUUUUCACUCCUAUCUCUCUCUCUCUUGUUUUUCUCAUCCGGCAAUCUCGCCGGCCGUCCCUCCCGCCGGAAUAUCCAGCUUCCUAUAUUCUCUCCUUCCAUUGUCAAGUAUAUAUAUCUUGAAGAUUGGAGACUCUUCUCUUAGACCCUUUUUGAAUCUUAGUUCCUUCUUCAACAGUUUUCUUCCCAACCAUCAUUUGAAAUCUGUGGGUUCACUUUCUCAGCUGUUUUUAAGUGGAUCUUGCGCUUUCUCUUGAAUAUCGCGGAUACUUUUGGUGAAAGUUGAAACAGAUUAUGGAUAGUGUUAAGGUUAAUCUUGAUGGUUUGAAGGGGGGAAUUGAUGGUGUAAGAGAGGGUGGACUUAAAAAUGUGAGUUCCCAUUGCUCAUUAUCCGAAAUGGAUGACUUUGAUCUCUCAAGGCUACUUGACAAGCCCAGAUUAAACAUAGAGAGGCAGAGAUCAUUUGAUGAAAGGUCACUUAGCGAGUUAUCAAUUGGUUUGACAAGAGGUUUGGAUAAUUAUGAGAGUGCAUACUCACCUGGACGAUCGGGGCUGGACACCCCUGCCUCAUCUGCUAGGAAUUCUUUCGAGCCACAUCCAAUGGUUGCAGAUGCGUGGGAAGCCCUCCGACGAUCUUUGGUGUAUUUUCGUGGUCAACCUGUUGGCACAAUUGCUGCUUAUGAUCAUGCUUCAGAGGAGGUGUUAAAUUAUGAUCAGGUUUUUGUUCGAGAUUUUGUACCAAGUGCACUGGCCUUUUUAAUGAAUGGUGAGCCAGAUAUAGUGAAGAAUUUCCUCCUUCAGCUUCAAGGAUGGGAAAAAAGAAUAGAUAGAUUCAAGCUUGGUGAGGGUGCUAUGCCGGCUAGUUUCAAAGUACUCCAUGAUCCAGUUCGCAAGACAGAUACGAUUAUAGCUGAUUUUGGUGAGAGUGCAAUUGGAAGAGUGGCUCCAGUUGAUUCUGGUUUCUGGUGGAUAAUUCUUCUCCGAGCAUAUACAAAAUCUACCGGAGACCUUUCCCUGGCUGAAACACCUGAGUGCCAAAAGGGGAUGAGACUUAUUCUGGCCUUGUGCCUGUCAGAAGGUUUUGACACAUUUCCAACAUUGCUGUGUGCUGAUGGUUGCUCAAUGAUAGAUCGUAGAAUGGGAAUAUACGGGUACCCCAUUGAGAUUCAAGCACUCUUCUUUAUGGCAUUGAGAUCUGCUUUGGUAAUGUUGAAGCAUGAUGCAGAGGGCAAAGAGUUCAUUGAGAGAAUUGUAAAGCGUCUGCACGCCUUGAGUUAUCAUAUGAGAAGUUACUUUUGGCUCGACUUUCAGCAGUUAAAUGAUAUAUAUCGCUACAAAACCGAAGAAUACUCUCAUACUGCUGUUAAUAAGUUUAACGUAAUUCCAGAUUCAAUUCCCGAGUGGGUGUUCGAUUUUAUGCCAACAAGGGGUGGUUAUUUUAUCGGAAAUGUUAGUCCUGCAAGGAUGGAUUUUAGAUGGUUUGCUUUGGGUAAUUGUGUUGCCAUAUUAUCUUCUCUUGCCACUCCUGAACAAGCUUCUGCUAUUAUGGACCUUAUUGAAGAAAGGUGGGAGGAGCUGGUAGGAGAAAUGCCUCUAAAAAUAUGUUACCCAGCUAUUGAAAGUCACGAGUGGCGAAUCGUAACUGGAUGCGACCCAAAGAAUACAAGAUGGAGUUAUCAUAAUGGCGGAUCUUGGCCAGUGCUUUUAUGGUUGCUAACGGCUGCCUGCAUAAAAACUGGACGCCCUCAAAUUGCAAGACGAGCAAUCGAUCUCGCAGAGAGCCGUCUGCUGAAGGACAGCUGGCCUGAGUACUACGACGGGAAGUUGGGCAGAUAUAUCGGCAAACAAGCUAGAAAAUACCAGACAUGGUCCAUCGCUGGAUAUCUCGUGGCAAAGAUGAUGUUGGAGGAUCCUUCACACCUGGGGAUGAUCUCGCUCGAAGAGGACAAGCAAAUGAAGCCCGUGAUCAAGAGAUCCUCCUCGUGGACUUGCUGAAGAGCUCUGCGAAGAAACAAUUCCGCAAAUACAAAGCCAUAGUAGACCAAAAAGAAAGGUGAGACGCCGUUUUGUUUCGUUAAAAGCAGAAGUAUUUUUGGGUGAUGUCCCGCGUUGUAAGUGUGACGAAAAAGUUUGGUUUUGUGUACAUUAGUGUCUAGGAAGACUGUUAUCACUCUCUCUUUAAAAUAAAAACGACGUUUGAUCAUUUGUGCUUCAUUCUUCAAAAGGGACUUAUGGUUUGAAGCUUUUAUUGUGUAA